AUGUCGAAUGACUUCGCUUCGAUCGCACUUAAGAAGCUCCACCAAUUCGCUGCUUGCAGCCUCCGGCCCCUUCUUCACUUGGCUAAGAAGUCCGUCAUUGAUAGCAAUUGGUCAAGAAUUGUCAUUGUCGUGGUAACUCCAAAAUAA